UGGGACGUUUUCUACGAAUGCCCUGGUGAGAUGACUUCAAGUGAAAACACAAGUCAGUCUUUUCCAUCAACCACAUUUCUACCUGUGUACUUCAACGGCUCAACCUCCCCACAGACCCCGCUGUGGGAUGAGGGCCAAAGCAGCCACGAGUCUGUGCUGUGGUCAUCAAAUAAGUCCCAGUUCUUCUCAAACCUCUUUGUUCUUGGCCAUGAAGAGCAGUGUCACAUGUCCCCUGCCCUCACAGGGGUUCUGGUGGUGUGGUAUUGCAUCACAAUGGUGCUCGGGCUGGUUGGUAACGUCGGGCUCAUAUGCAUCAUUGCUCAUCGCAAAGAAAAAGUCAACGUCACCAGUAUUUUCAUCUGCAAUCUGUCUUUCUCUGACAUCCUGGUCUGUGUCUUCUGUUUGCCGUUCACUGUGGUUUACACGCUGAUGGAUCACUGGGUGUUUGGGUCGCUGCUGUGUCGCCUGGUCCCGUUCAUCCAGUGUUUGUCCGUUACUGUGUCGGUGCUUUCUCUGGUCUUCAUUGCUCUGGAAAGACAUCAGCUCAUCAUCAAUCCCUCUGGUUGGAAACCAAGCGUUCCCCAGGCCUACACUGCAGUCAUUCUCAUUUGGAUUCUGGCCUGUUUCACCUCCACGCCUUUCUUAGCUUUUCAGCUUCUUACAAAUGAGCCGUACACAAAUGUAAUCCCACCAAAUUCCCCUCUUCUUCACAGAGCCUCUCCUCAAGCCAAUAUCAAUUUGUCUUGGCCUCAAUCUGUCCCCCACAUAUACAAAAACUCAUCUGUUCCAACCAAUUCAUACCGUGCCCUUAUGUCUUACGUACCCACAAUUACACAUAUGGAGGCCUGUCUGGAGCAUUGGCCAUCCCAGCAGCACAGGCUGGCUUACACCACAUGGCUCCUGCUGUUCCAAUACUGUGGCCCCCUGUUGCUCGUUCUUCUCUGCUACAUAAGGGUUUUCGUACGUCUACGGCACCGAAAAGAAAUGCUGGACCGUACCAGGGCCUUAGAGAGCCAACGCAUGAACCACAGCCGCAGAAUCAACAUCAUGCUGGUUGCCCUUAUUACAGCAUUCGCACUCUGCUGGCUGCCACUUACAAUCUUCAAUGUGGUCUCGGACUGGAACCAGGAAGCUCUGCCUGUCUGCCACCACAACCUGCUCUUCUCCCUCUGCCACCUGCUGGCGAUGUCCUCCACCUGUAUCAACCCCAUCAUCUACGGCUUCCUCAACUACAACUUUCGUCAGGAGGUCAGAGAUGUGUACCUUCACUGCUGCUGUCACCCUCUGGAGGAAGAAUGUGAGCAAUUUCCCAUGUCCAUCGUGCACAUGGAAAUGUCACGAACGUCUGAGCCUGUCACAUCUAGAAGUGAAUUGGUCUGAUCUUUAAAGCUGCAGGUGCACUUGAUAAUGUAGCAAAAUCAGGCUGGGAUUAACCGUAUGAAUUCUUCUGGUCUGAGACGUCGUGAGGGGUAAAGACCCAUUAUUUGUUGUGAAUGCAUAUAUGGCUGAACUGACUUUUUUUCCUGCAUUAUUUGCAUUGAACAAAAGUUCAACAAUAUAUAUUGUGGCUUUGACUCCAUCAUUUCUGCAUGACUCCACUAUGUUCUAUUUAAAUAUUUUACUCACUGUUUAAAUUGAAAGAGAAAGAGAAAAAAUUGGAUAUAUCAGUGUCACUACUUCAAGUUGAAGUCCUUCUACAUUUCCAGGGAUUACGAUGUCUGAUAACAAUACUUUUAAUGACAACUUUUUUAUUUAUUUUAUUUGUACUUUUGUGUUUCUUAAAUCUUUCUUUGGUUGAGUGUUAUAAGGGACCAAAUUAAAACCACAGGAACAUUUAUCAGACCUUAACUCCCCUAAACUGAGCAGCAGUGGUUGUUGUCAGUAGUUUAAAAUAUAUACGUAAAGAUGUAUAGCUGUACAAUGAACAGUGUUUUUUCAUUGUAAUUUUCUGUUUUUUACGUAAGGUUUGUCUAUAUGUUAUAGAAUUGCAUGUUAAAGAAAAGUUCAUUUUGUGGUUAACAAUAAACUUUGAACAAAAUGUAUGUAUGUGCUGUAUGUCGUACGUAUGUGAAGGUUAGACUCUGAUUGUACUUUUUACAAUUUGCUAUAUUUGUAUAUUCAUUGAAUACUUGUGUAGUAAUAUUUAUGUGAAACCAAUGUAGAGAAAAAGCAGAUUUAUAUCUCGUCUUGAUGUAACAGGUUAUGACCUUGAAAUGAAAAUGAGAAUGGGAGAGUAACGAAUCAUUUCAUUGACUUUAUGUAAUAUGUAAUAAAGUAGUUGAAAUAAAAUAGUGUGUCUGCAAUUGUACAUGACACCCAACCAGGCCUUCAAGGCCAACUAUAAAAACAUACAAUUAAAUUAACAGACAUAUAUGUAUGCAUUUUACAGUAACUACAACAUUAAAUGCCAAAAAUAUAUACAUUUUUAUAGUUACAUUAAUUGCGUAAAUAUACACUAAAAUAAAGACACCAAAGAAAGUAA